GGGCCGACGGGGCGGCGCGUCUCGGUGCAGCCGGAAGAUGCGACACUGCAGGAGGCCGACAUCGACGAGCUGACGUCGCACCGAUCCGACGAUCCGCGGGCGAUGCGACGCCACAAGGUCAGCUCCCAGGCCACGGGUGGCGUUCCGCUCGCCCACCUGCUGCCGUCGGCCAAGUACAAGAAGCUGUACGAUCACAGCCCGCACGAGGUGUUCGUGCAGCUGGACGAGCUGACCGGUAGUGGCGAGGAGCGCGAGUGGAAAGAAACGGCCCGCUGGAUCAAGUACGAGGAGGACGUGGAGGAGGGCGCGGACCGGUGGGGCAGGCCGCACGUCGCGUCGCUGUCGUUCCACUCGCUGCUCAACCUGCGCCGCUGCCUCGAGACGGGCGUCGUGCUGAUGGACCUGGAGGAGAAGGACCUGCCCUCGGUGGCCUACCGGAUCGUGGAGCAGAUGGUGGUCGACGAGCUAAUCCACGAGGACGACAAACCGGUCAUUAUGAGAGCGCUUCUGUUGCGCCAUCGGCACGUCAACGAGAGCUCCCACGGUGGCUUCUCCUUCGGCCCGAAGCGGAAGUACAGCAGCUACACGAGCCUGCAGAGUGUGGACGAUAAGAAGCCACGGAUCGUACCGUCGGGCGAGAUCAACGGCACGGGGGGGCACAGCGACGCGCGCAUCAACAUCACCGAGGAGACGUACACGUCGUCGCAGGAGGACAUCAAGAUGCGCGCCCAGAAGGAGUCGAUCCUGAAGCGCAUCCCCGAGGGUGCCGAAGCGACGACGGUCCUGGUCGGAGCGGUCGACUUUCUCGAGCAGCCCACGAUCGCGUUCGUGCGGCUGGCCGAGGGCAUCCCGAUGCCGAGCAUCACGGAGGUCCCGAUUCCGGUGCGCUUCCUGUUCAUCCUGCUCGGGCCGCAGCGCGCCCAGCUGGACUACCACGAGGUGGGCCGCUCCAUCGCGACGCUGAUGUCGAACGAGCACUUCCACGACAUCGCCUACAAGGCGGACGAUCGCCGGGAGCUGCUGUCGGCCAUUAACGAGUUUCUGGACGACUCGAUCGUGCUGCCGCCGGGCAAGUGGGAAAAGCCGGCGCUCCUACCGUUCGAGGAGCUGAAGGCCAAGAGCGACAUGAUUCGGUUGCGCAAGAAGAAGGCGCUGGACGAGAAGAUCAAGGGCAAGCCGAAGCUGCUGACGAGCGAGGAGGAGAAGAAGCUGCUGGCGGCGGCCGGAGCCGGCCCAGGUGGCGAUGGGGACGGUAAGAAGCCGAAGAAGAACCCGCUGGAAAAGACGCACCGCAUGUGGGGCGGACUGAUCAAUGACAUCAAGCGGCGCUAUCCGAUGUACAAGAGCGAUAUCCUUGACGGGUGCAACUCGGAAACGUUCGCCGCCACCAUCUUCAUGUACUUUGCCGCCCUGUCGACGGCCAUCACGUUCGGGGGGCUGUCGGCGGACAAGACGCACAACCUGAUCGGCAUCUCCGAGACGCUGGUGGCCUGCUCGAUGGUCGGCGUCGUGUUCCACCUGCUCGCCGGCCAGCCACUCGUCAUCAUCGGCACGACCGGGCCGUUGCUCAUUUUCGACCAAGCACUCAACCAGUUUUGCCGCUCGAACGGCUUCAGCUUCCUGACGGUGCGCGUCUACGUGGGCUGCUGGCUGGCCGUUAUCGCGCUGGCCGUGUCCGCCUUCGAGGGCAGCGUCUACGUGCGGCUCUUCACCCGCUUCACGCAGGAGAUCUUCUCGGCCCUCAUUUCGCUCAUCUUCAUCGUCGAAACGAUCAUGAAGCUAAUCUUCGCGUACCGGCGCCAUCCGCUGCUGGCCGAGUACAACUACAGGAACGUCUCCCUGCCGGUGCCGUACGUCGCGGAUGACUCGAUCUCCAACGCAACGGCCGGCACGACGAUGCCUGAUCUGCUGGUCGAAAGCUUGACGACCGUGGCGAACGCUACCGUGGCCACUGUGACUGCCGGUGUGGACGAAACGGACUGGGUGGUUCCGGCCGACGCGAUGGGACCGAAGAACCAACCGAACACGGCCCUUUUCUGUACCAUCCUCACGCUCGGCACCUUCGGACUGGCGUACUACCUGAAGCUGUUCCGCAACUCGCGCAUCCUCGGCCGGAACGCGCGCCGUGCCCUCGGCGACUUCGGGGUGCCGAUCUCGAUCGCCCUGUUCGUCCUGCUCGAUUAUCUGGUCCCGCAGGUGUUCACGGAGAAGCUGAGCGUACCGGAGGGGUUGUCGCCGAGCGACGAGUCGCAGCGUGGCUGGGUCAUACCGCUCGGGGGCGUGCCCGGAUGGCUCCCGUUUGUGGCCGGCAUCCCCGCGUUGCUGGUGUACAUUCUGAUCUUCAUGGAGACCCACAUCUCGGAGCUGAUCGUUGACAAGCCCGAGCGAGGGCUGAAGAAGGGCUCGGGCCUCCAUCUGGACAUCGUGCUGCUGUGCUUCCUCAAUACGCUCUGUGGACUGUUCGGUAUGCCGUGGCACUGCGCCGCCACCGUUCGUUCCGUGACGCAUGUCUCGGCGGUCACGAUCAUGUCACGAACACACGCACCGGGAGAUGCACCCCACAUCACCGACGUGAAAGAGCAGCGCGUGUCCGGCUUCUUGGUGUCGCUGCUCGUUGGACUGUCGGUAACGAUGGCCCCGAUCCUGCGGCUGAUCCCGAUCUCGGUACUCUUCGGUGUGUUCCUGUACAUGGGAAUCGCUUCCAUGAGCGGAGUGCAGCUGUUCGAGCGAAUACGCCUGUACCUGGUGCCGGUGAAGCACUACCCCCAGGUACCGUUCGUGCGCCGUGUCCCGACGUGGAAGAUGCAUCUCUUCACUACCGUCCAGGUUUUGGCACUGGCCCUGCUGUGGACCGUCAAAUCUUCGCCCUUCUCGCUGGCACUACCGUUCUUCCUCAUCAUGAUGGUACCGACCCGGAACCUGCUGGGGAAAGUCUUCUCUCCGCUCGAGCUGCGUGCGCUCGACGGAAGCCAGCCGAACGAAGGCGCCGAGGAUGAACCCGAUUUCUACGAACAAGCACCCAUUCCGGCUUAAGUGUGGCGCGUACGCCAAAAACUGGGAAACGCUAUUUUGCAGCAACGAACUGCGGUUUGUUUUGUUUUCUUCUCCGUUCCAUCAUCAUAACGACGAUUUUACGACAGAUUUCCGUAAACCUUAUGUAUUUCACAUUGAUUUCAAUCGUUUCUUUAUUGUGACCCAUUGCCGCCGUGUCGAGCAUAAGGGAUAAGAGUGCAUGUGCGUGUGUUGAGAUGACCGGUGGUUGUUGAGAGUAGUAAACUAUAUUUGUGAGAAUCA